AUGUUUUGGCCAAUUUUAUUGAUUUUCUAUGUAAUUUUUGGAAUCUCAAAUGCGAGGAAGUGCUACGGAGGUGUGGCGAAGCUUGGUGAAGAUGGUGGGUUACUUUUUUCGAAUUUGGAAAGAUAUAAAUUUUCUGCCUUACUCAAUGUCCAACAGCUUGAUGAGCCUCUUGAUAUAAAUUCUUCCUCACAUAAGGUUCCUUAAAACUAAAGCUACCUUUUCCAUUAAUCAGAAUAUUUUUGAAAGGAAUUGAGUAGUUUCUUUGAACCACAAAGUUUGUUUGAUAAACUCACAUCAAAAAACAUUGUUUUCUUAUCAAAAACCAACUUUUCUAAUUGUUAGACGCGUUCGACGACCACGUCUGCCCAUCACGCGAUAAAUGCUUCGUCCAUCAUUAUUACGUUGAUUCGAACGGCACACGAGAAGCCAUGACGGAGAAGGGCUGCGUCGAGGAGGCCAUGAUCGACGAGUUCAAAUACGCGGCGAGUUUCGGAACGUUUUGAAGUCUGGAUAUGGUGGGACAGGCAUUUCGUAGGAUUCUAGAAGUGUGUAGUAAAUUGAUACAAUUCGAAAAAGUUUCUGAGAAAUUUUUAAAUUUUUAAAAUUUUUUUCUGAUAUAAGCUUUUAUUCGUGUUCUAAAAUUUAAGUAUUAACUUCCUUUUUAUCAAAAUUCUUUGAACACGGAAUGUGCGAGAGCGUCGCAGUGCAUGCACACUACACACCACACUUUACGGAAAAGUAUGCGCGGGGCGUCGUUAAAAACACCGUGAAAUGAUAUCAAUUUUCCAGGUGCCUUGCCUCAACUUUGACAUGUUCAACAACACGUUUACUGAUGAAGAGUUGACCCAUCAAAUUCGCUGCGUUUGUUAUUCGGUAAACUAUGAAUAUCUGUCCGAAAUGGAACAAAGAAAUUUCCAGGAUUUCUGCAACAAACUGUUCGCCGAAAACCCGAAUUCCGCGAAUUACCGAAACUCUUCAACUAUUUCUCAUCUUUCCAGGUUUAUUGAUGAGGAGAUGGCUAGUUGA